GCCCGUGCUGCGGCUGUAGGCGAGGCAUAGAAACAGCAGCGAAGGCGGCAGCCGGAGUCACGAGCCGUUGGGGGGGGGCACAAGACCCUGCGCUCUCUCGCCUCCCCGCCCUGCUAGUGGUCUGAAGUGCAGCAGACCACAGUUCUGGGAGCAGGUCAAAGAACAUGGCAACCCAAGCGGACUUGAUGGAGUUGGAUAUGGCAAUGGAGCCAGACAGAAAAACAGCUGUCAGCCACUGGCAGCAACAGUCAUAUUUGGAUUCUGGUAUCCACUCUGGUGCCACAACAACAGCUCCCUCUUUGAGUGGCAAGGGUAAUCCUGAAGAGGAAGAUGUCGAUACCACCCAAGUUCUGUAUGAAUGGGAACAAGGAUUCUCUCAGUCUUUCACCCAGGAGCAGGUUGCUGAUAUUGAUGGACAAUAUGCCAUGACUCGAGCACAGAGAGUUCGUGCUGCCAUGUUUCCAGAAACAUUGGAUGAAGGCAUGCAAAUUCCAUCAACACAGUUUGAUGCUGCUCAUCCAACAAAUGUACAACGGCUUGCUGAACCUUCCCAGAUGUUAAAACAUGCUGUGGUUAACUUGAUAAACUACCAAGAUGAUGCAGAACUUGCAACUCGUGCCAUCCCAGAACUGACUAAGCUGUUGAACGAUGAGGAUCAGGUGGUGGUGAACAAGGCUGCAGUUAUGGUCCAUCAGUUGUCCAAAAAAGAAGCCUCUCGCCAUGCUAUCAUGCGUUCUCCUCAAAUGGUAUCUGCCAUUGUACGUACUAUGCAGAAUACAAAUGAUGUGGAAACAGCCCGUUGUACAGCGGGUACACUGCACAAUCUGUCUCACCAUCGUGAAGGCUUGCUGGCAAUCUUCAAGUCAGGAGGCAUUCCUGCUCUUGUCAAAAUGCUUGGUUCUCCAGUGGAUUCUGUACUCUUCUAUGCCAUUACUACUCUGCACAAUCUUCUGUUGCACCAGGAAGGUGCCAAAAUGGCUGUUCGUCUAGCUGGGGGUCUACAGAAAAUGGUUGCCUUGCUCAACAAGACAAAUGUUAAAUUUUUGGCCAUUACAACAGAUUGCCUUCAGAUUCUUGCUUAUGGCAAUCAAGAAAGCAAGCUUAUCAUUUUGGCAAGUGGUGGACCCCAGGCUCUGGUGAACAUAAUGAGGACCUAUACCUAUGAAAAACUACUGUGGACCACAAGUAGAGUGCUGAAGGUGCUAUCAGUCUGCUCUAGUAACAAGCCAGCAAUUGUGGAGGCUGGUGGAAUGCAGGCCUUGGGACUACACCUUACAGAUCCCAGUCAGCGUCUUGUUCAGAAUUGUCUCUGGACUCUUAGAAAUCUUUCAGAUGCUGCAACGAAGCAGGAAGGUAUGGAGGGUCUUCUUGGAACACUUGUGCAGCUCUUAGGAUCAGAUGAUAUCAAUGUUGUAACCUGUGCUGCUGGUAUCCUUUCUAACCUUACUUGUAAUAACUAUAAGAAUAAAAUGAUGGUGUGCCAAGUUGGUGGAAUUGAGGCUCUUGUGCGCACAGUUCUCCGGGCUGGUGAUAGGGAAGACAUCACUGAGCCAGCAAUCUGUGCACUCCGUCACCUCACUAGUCGGCAUCAAGAAGCUGAGAUGGCCCAAAAUGCAGUGAGACUUCAUUAUGGACUUCCAGUGGUUGUUAAACUCUUGCAUCCACCAUCUCACUGGCCUCUUAUCAAGGCUACUGUUGGUCUGAUCCGCAAUCUUGCUCUCUGUCCAGCAAAUCAUGCUCCAUUGCGUGAGCAAGGUGCUAUUCCAAGGCUAGUGCAGCUGCUGGUUAGAGCACAUCAGGAUACCCAACGUCGUACUUCAAUGGGUGGCACACAGCAGCAGUUUGUGGAAGGUGUGCGUAUGGAGGAAAUAGUUGAAGGCUGCACUGGGGCUCUUCAUAUCUUGGCUAGGGAUGUCCACAAUCGAAUUGUAAUUAGGGGUCUAAACACCAUUCCGCUGUUCGUACAGCUGCUAUAUUCCCCUAUUGAGAACAUCCAAAGAGUGGCUGCAGGUGUGUUGUGUGAACUGGCUCAGGACAAAGAAGCAGCUGAAGCAAUUGAAGCAGAGGGAGCUACAGCACCAUUGACCGAACUUCUUCAUUCUAGGAAUGAGGGUGUGGCCACAUAUGCUGCUGCAGUGUUGUUCAGGAUGUCUGAAGAUAAACCACAAGAUUAUAAGAAAAGGCUUUCAGUGGAGUUGACCAGCUCUCUCUUCAGAACUGAACCAAUGGCUUGGAAUGAGACAGCUGAGCUGGGACUUGAUAUUGGUGCCCAGGGAGAACCUCUUGGUUAUCGCCCAGAUGAUCCUAGCUACCGUUCUUUCCACUCUGGAGGAUACGGUCAGGAUGCCUUGGGUAUGGACCCAAUGAUGGAACAUGAAAUGGGUGGCCACCACCCUGGUGCUGACUACCCAGUUGAUGGGCUGCCAGAUCUAGGACAUGCCCAGGACCUUAUGGAUGGGCUGCCUCCAGGUGACAGUAAUCAGUUGGCCUGGUUCGAUACUGACCUGUAAAUCAUCCUUUAGCUGUAUUGUCUGAAUGAUCUUGCAUUGUGAUUGGCCUGUAGAGUUGCUGAGAGGGCUCGAGGGGUGGGCUAGUAUCUCAGAAAGUGCCUGACACACUAACCAAGCUGAGUUUCCUAUGGGAACAACUGAAGUAAACUUUUUGUUCUGGUCCUUUUGGUCGAGAAGUAACAAAUGGAUUUGGGGAGUGACUCACGAAACGAAGAAUGCACAAGAAUGAAUCACAAGAUGGAAAUUAUCAAACCCCAGCCUUGCUUGUUUAAUUUUUUU